AUGCUUUUCCCAACAACCCAGCUUAUCACUUUGGCUCUAACCCUGGCUGGCUCCGUUGCUGCUGUUCCCGCCAAAAAGCCUACUGCAACACCAACGACUCAGGCACUCAAGACAAAUGCUCCGCAGCCCGACCCCCUCAUUGUUACUGAGCCAAAUGUGAGGGUUGUCGGCUAUAGAACUCUUAAUGCUGUUGCAGCUCAAGAAUAUAACAAAAAGGGAACAAUCACCAAGGACAAGCGCCCAGAAUCCCACAGAGCCGGGUCGCAGAUUGGCCUUGGGACCUACAUCAUGCGAAAAAUAGGCGAUUAUAACGUCCCUGGCCAGAAUGAUUGGAUUUGUGUUAUAUGGGCCAACCAAGAAAAGUUUAUCCGAGCUAAAAAAGCAUUCAUUCCUCAAUAUCAGGGAAAAGACCAGGGAAGAGACAAAGAAAUUUGGUUUCAUGAGGAGAAGAUUACCGAAUUUAUCAAGGGCUUCAACUUUGAUCCUUCUCAGACACUCAGACUGAGUGAAAUAGACGGUGGCGACGUCCCGCACGCCAUGCAGAUGGCAAUCCCAGACAAGAUGCUCAACUCGAGGAUUGGUAAAAACAAACUGGAUUUGGGAGCCCGUUGCAAGCCAGUUGCAGAUCUCAGGAACAUCGACCAGUACCCUGCCGCAGACUACACGGAAACAAGCCUCGGCUGCUGGCAAAAGAGUAGCGGAGAGCAGGCAUGUAGAUAGCCGAGCAUUUGUCAGGGAAAGUUGUUUCGUUUUUGUUUUUGUUUUUUGUUUUUUCACUCCUUGCCACUUACUUUUAUUUUUAUGCAAGCAUUUGUAUGUUUAGCUUUGUUAUUUAUAUAGAUCGCAGCCAGCCACUCUUUAAAAUCCAGCCGCGUUUAUAUUUUAAGUCAUACGGUCAUUCAACAAGGUUAUUGGAAAGUCGAAUUCAGUCGGAUGUGAGAGAUAUUGCUACAAGUAAGCUACUAUACUUAGCCAUAUAGAUUAGACUAUUAUGCUAUAAGGCUAGUGGCCACGGUAUAACUACAAACAUGUGAGAAAGUACAAAGGUAAAAAUAGAUAGAAGUACUAGAGUAGUCUAUGAGAGUACGAAAGUAAAGUAUUCCAAGGAUAUA